UAGAGAGAGAGAUAGAGAGAGAGGAAAGAGAAGAGGGUGAUGUGAAUUGUGAAGAAGAAGGAGAAGAGGAAUAGGGAAUAGCGACUGCUUCUCUUUAAUUUUCUCUUUGGGUUAUUUGUUGGUUUGAGAGAGAUAUCAGUAACCUCUCCCAUAUCCAUCUAAGCUCCCUCAAAAGCCUCCAUUUUUAUUUUCUUUUAUUUUUUCAUCUCUCUUUUUCCAGAAGGUGAUUGCAAAAACACUCAGUACUGCAGAGCAGAAAUUUUUUGAGAAAAGGAGAGAAAGAGAAAGAAAAAGACCAGAGAGAGAGAGAAACAAAUUCAAGAAGCUUUCAAUACCACAGAAGAGGAAAACGAUGUCUGAGAGCUUUACAUCCUUUCAUACUCUGCAACUCCAAGAGUACUACUAAGGUGACUGAAUUUUGAAGAUCGUCAUAUAUAUCAUCGGAAGGAGAAAAAGAAGAUGAUGAAGAAGAAGAUCAGUAGCUUGAGAUAUGGGAAUAACUACAACACCAUCAAUAAUCUUCUCCAACUCUAAGCUUAACAACUACUCAAUCAUUUCAAGCUCGUCGUCAGAAAAGCUGACCAACAACAACAACAACGGCAACGACAAUUGUUCCAAUUCUAUGUCCCAAGAUUACCACCAAGCCCCAGCUGCAGGCAUCUUCAGUACUAACACCUUCUCGAAUGGUUUCGAGAGAUCACCGGCGCCCGUUGCCGUGACAAACGCCUCACACCAAGACCACCACCACCACCACCAUCACCACCAACACCACAUAGCCCAGCAGAUCCGACGAGACAAACUGAGGGUGCAAGGCGGGUACGAACCGCAGCCGCCAUUGGUCGGCAUCGAUGAGGAUGAAUCAGGAACCCUACCGGUUUACGAAUCGGCCGGGAUGUUAUCUGAGAUGUUCAAUUUCUCUCAAGGCCACACUUCUGCGGCCGAAUUGUUGGAUCAGCAGCAUCAGCAGGCGAUGGCGCCGCCGAGUUAUCGGUCACCGAGACCUCAGCAGGCGUCGAGCGGAGUUGGUAACGAAUGGUAUGGUGGUGGAAGACAAGGGAUGAUGAUAGGCGGCGCUGGUGGACUCGGGUCCUUAGGUGAUAAUAACAACAAUAAUAAUAGUCAUAAUUCAAAGUCUCAUCAUCAGGCUAGUGCCCGUGACAGUAUAGCUCAUCAUCAUCAUCAUCAUCAUCAUCAACAACAACAACAUCACCAGAUUUCGGGCAUUAAUGCGGACUCAGCCGCUGCCAUGCAGCUUUUCUUAAUGAAUCCACAACCAAGAUCGCCAUCUCCUCCUCCUGCUGUAUCAAAUUCCUCUUCUACCCUUCACAUGCUUCUUCCCAACCCUUCAACCAGUACUUCCCUAGUUCAAGCUUUUACUGCUCCUGCCGGUACGGCGGGAGGGGCUUUUGGUCAGUACACAUGGAUACCAGACACCUCCAAUGAAGGAGGUGGUCCCACCAACGAAAUUGGCGGAGUUCCGCAUCCCCAUCAUCAUCACGUUGAAGGUCAAGGCCUAUCGCUGACGUUAUCAUCGCCGUUACAACCAUUGGAGGCCGCCGCAAAAGCCGAAGAGCUUCGAAUGGGAAACACCGCCUUAUUGUAUUACGGUGGCGGAGGUGGAAGCGGUUCUUCGGGACCAGACCAUUAUCCUUACAAGAAUUACGGCACCGGUACCGCUAGCCAGGCUCAGGCAUCGGCAAUGCAUUUACAAGCCGGAGGAGGAGGUGGAGGAUUGAUGGGUCCGAACCAUCAACACCAGGUCCACGUCGGGUUCGGUUCUUCGUUGAGUGUGGUCAACGUGUUGAGGAAUUCCAAGUACGUGAAGGCAGCACAAGAGCUUUUGGAAGAGUUUUGUAGCGUCGGUAGGGGUCAGUUUAAGAAGAACAAGUUCGGUAAUUCAUCAAGGAAUAAUAUUACAAACCCUAGUUCUAAUCCCGGCACCAGUAGCGGCGGCGGCGGCGGCGGCGGUUCUUCCUCUUCUUCAAAGGAUGUCAGUGCUCCUCCGUUGUCCGCCGCUGAUAGGAUUGAACAUCAACGGAGAAAGGUCAAACUGCUCUCCAUGCUUGAUGAGGUUGACCGAAGAUACAACCACUACUGCGAACAAAUGCAAAUGGUGGUUAACUCGUUCGAUCUAGUUAUGGGGUUCGGUGCGGCGGUGCCGUACACUGCCCUAGCUCAGAAGGCAAUGUCUCGCCAUUUUCGAUGUCUCAAAGACGCCAUAUUGGCCCAGUUGAAGCACAGCUGUGACUUGCUGGGGGAGAAAGAUGGCGCUGGAACCUCUGGAAUCACUAAAGGAGAAACUCCGAGGCUUAAGAUUCUAGAACAAAGCCUAAGACAGCAAAGAGCUUUCCAAUCAAUUGGGAUGAUGGAACAAGAAGCUUGGAGACCUCAACGAGGCUUGCCCGAACGCUCUGUCAACAUCUUACGAGCCUGGCUCUUUGAGCAUUUUCUUCAUCCGUAUCCAAGUGAUGCAGAUAAGCAUCUGUUGGCUCGACAGACUGGUUUAUCAAGGAAUCAGGUUUCAAACUGGUUCAUAAAUGCAAGGGUUAGGUUGUGGAAACCCAUGGUGGAGGAGAUGUACCAACAAGAAACGAAAGAAGAAGACACACUAUCAUCAGAUCAAGAAAGAUCAGACCAUCAUCAACAUGAUCAGCUGAUGAUCAGGAGUAGUAGUAAUAGGAACAUUAUUAACAGCCAAAAUAGUAGCACUAGUGGUCACCACCAACACCAUCAGCUGCUCGCACAAACUCCAACGACAGCUGCCACGCAAGCAACGACAACUCUUACACCACAAACGACAGCAACAACGACAGCAACAGCCACAGCUACAAGAUCCGAUAUCAAUGCCAUGGAAAGCGACCCUUCACUCGUCGCAAUCAAUAAUAAUAGUGGCAUUAGGCAACCCUUCUCGGAAAACCAAGCUGCGAUGAUCAAACAAGGCCAGCAGCAGGCCCAGCAUCAGCAACAGCAGCAGCUGCAGCAUCAGCAGCAGCAGCACCACCAGCCCUUUUCCACGUCAACUACACCCUCGUCGUCCGAGCUAGUCGCGCCACCCGUCGCGCAGAGCUUCGCCGCCGCCGCAGAGGACGCGUGUCGACGUGUCAGCAUGGUUAAUGCAGGUGAUUUCGGGACCAUUACUACUCCUACUACUUCUAGUCAAAAUAAUAAUAAUAUGAAUAUUGCUUGUUCUGAUCAUCACAAUGGUGGAGCCGCGGCUCUCAUUGCCUUUGGGACCACUGCCACUACUACGGCUGGUGACGUGUCACUCACUCUAGGGCUACGCCAUGCCGGGAACAUGCCUGAGAACACUACUUCUCCUUUCUCUGUUAGAGACUUUGGAAGCUGAUUAUUCACCAUCACUAUCAAAUAUUAAUUUCUCAACAUAUAUAUUUUUAUUAUAUAUAUGUUAAUUAGCUUUUAAAGGGGAGAACAGAGAAAGAGAGAGAGAGAAACACUUUAAAUUUUUAAUUUUUUUUCCUUUUUAACAUUUCAAUUAUAUUCUAUGAACAAAAGAAGAAGAAAAAAUACGUUACAGAGACGUAGCUUUACUUUUACAUUAGCUAAUAUAUAGCUAGCUGUAUGGGGGAUAUUAUUGUAAUUGUAUAGUAGAUUGUUUUUUCCUUUUUU